CUCGUCGCGCUGCAGUCGAUAAGCUGCUAAAGUUGUUUGUGCGUGUGUGGUGUGCGUGAAUUUUCAAUCAGCGGGAGGGGAAACUCCAGUUUGCCAGUUAGCAAUUUCAUUUCAAUUUCGCAUUGCAUCCGAUUUCGACUUUGACUUAACAUCAUGUCAAAACCAUCGACGUUUUUAUUGCUGCUGCUAAUCGCCGUCGUUGCGCAGGAGACCACAAAAUGUGUAACGGUCGCGCAAGAUUUGCCUGACAACUUCCCCAAGUGCAAACGCGAUGCCAAUUUUGACAAGUGUCUGGUGGAUGCUGUUAAUCAGGCAAUACAAUUACUGAAAACUGGUAACAAAGAAUUCGGCAUUCCGCCACUGGAGCCGCUGUCCGUGAAGAAACUCGUUAUAGAUGCCGGUAACGCACCCAUUAAUCUACGUCAAGCCUUGAAAAAUGUGAAGGUGCACGAUAUGAUCUCGACAAGCAAGAUUCAUCGGUACAGAACCGAUUUGGACAAGCAUUUAAUCAUCUGUGAUAGCAAAACCGAUCGCAUUGAAAUGAUUGGCGACUACGAAAUGUCGGGAAGGAUUCUACUCUUACCUAUUACGGGACAUGGCAAAGCCAACAUUACGUUGGUCAAUACCAAAAUCGAGCAUCGUUUAAUCGGGGAGCCCUUCGAAAAGGAUGGCGUCAAAUACAUGCGUCUGAAGGAAUAUCGCGUUGCAAUGGAGCCAAAGCGUGUUUAUCUGCAAUUUGAAAAUCUGUUCAAUGACAAAACCCUAUCGGAGGGUAUGAAUCGUUUUCUGAAUGAAAACUGGGAGACUGUCUUCAAUGAAUUGAAGGUGGGCUAUUCUAAGAGCUUUGGUCUCGUAUUCAAAGAGCUCUCAAACAAAAUCUUUGAGAAAGUUCCGUUUGACAACAUAUUCUUAAGUUAGUUUCUAUUGGCAUGUGUGUAAUUUAUAUAUGUUAAAUAACAAAUUAGAUAAUAAAUAGAAAACGGUUUCUGAUUUACUUUUCAAGCCAAAGCAGAAA